AUGCAGCAGAGCAUUAAUGAACAGACUGAGGAAACUUAUAAUAAGCCAAUCCUUCAAUCUGCACAGAUGCGUAGGGUUAAAAACAAAUUUACAAUGAGUGAGGAUGCAGCGCUUCAAAGUCUCGUAAAAAAGUAUGGAGAUGCCGAUUGGUCAGCAAUUGCAAAUGCUUUAAGAACUAAAAACUCACGUCAAUGCCAUGAUAGAUGGUUUUAUUACCUCAGCCCGAAGCUAAACAGAAACCCAUUCACCGAAGAAGAAGACAAUAAACUUAUUCAAUUGGAAAAGAAAUAUGGACAACAUUGGGUUAAAAUCGCCAAACACUUCUCAGGAAGAACAGAUACUCAAAUUAAAAAUAGAUGGAAUGUUAUUAAGAGAAGAUUAGAAAAUGAUAGACCAAUAAUGACAACAACCUAUAUUAACCAAGCAGAGAAUCCUUUUGACUAUAAUCCACAACAACUCUUUUGGGAUGCACAGAAUCUUUUCCAAUUUUCUCAGAUGACAGCACAAUAUUGA